AUGCCAACGAUCGUGCUCGAUACCAACAUCCUAGUGGCCGCCCUGCUGCGCGGUGGUGGUAGCGCCCGGACGGUCGUCAGAGCCUGUCUGACGGGGCAAUAUCUGCCGGUCCUCGGCCCAGCGCUUUUUGCCGAGUACGAAGAGGUCUUGGGCCGUGAGGCGCUUUUUGCUGACGCGGUCUUGCCCGCCAACGAACGCGAGGAAGUCUUCAACGGGUUUUUGCACCAGUGCCAAUGGAUCGAAGUGUUCUUUGGGUGGCGCCCGAAUUUACCCGAUGAGGCUGACAAUCACUUGAUUGAAUUGGCGAUCGCCGCUCAGGCCGAUGCAAUCGUCACGCGCAAUCUUCGCGACGUGGCUCGCGGCGAACUGAAAUUUCCGAACUUGAAAGUUUUAACCCCUGAACAGUGCCUGGAGGAGUUUCCAUGUCCACGUUGA